CCUAAGUACUCUUCUGUUUUGGUGCAGUGAGGAUCAUGCUCGUAUGACGGACAUUUGCAGAAAAUAAUAAUAAAGCACUCACACGUUCCUGCUUGAAUGUUGCAAUGUUCUUUUAAUAUUGAAUAUUGAUAUGUAAUGAUUAUCUCUUCUUUCCGAAAAAAGACCAAUGUAGUACUAUUGGGUGACACCGUUUUUACUCAUAAAUGUUAGGUUAUAUUCCAGGUAGCAAGAAGCGAUGGCACAAGAUUAUGCUAAUAGGUAUGACAUCAGCAGCUGCAACCUUUCUCUUUGCAUGUCUUUAUGUACUGAUGUGGUGUAGAAAGGGGAAGAGGUUAUGGUUUCUCCUUUUCGAGAAGACUAGCAGCAACACUGAAAAGAAUUACGAGGCCAUGAUAGCGUCAUAUGGAUCCCUAGCUCCGAAAAGAUACAUGUACUCAGAGAUAAUGAAGAUAACGUCUUCUCACAAUGACCAGCUUGGAAAAGGAGGUUAUGGUGUCGUUUUCAAAGGAAGACUACAUGAUGGUCGUCUGGUUGCUGUGAAAUUCUUGCAUGACUGCAAAGGAAACGGGGAUGAGUUUGUGAAUGAAGUUAUGAGCAUUGGAAGGACCUCUCAUGUUAAUGUUGUUAGUCUAUUUGGGUUUUGUUUGGAGGGAUCAAAACGUGCUCUCAUAUAUGAGUACAUGCCCAACGGUUCCUUGGAUAAGUACAUUUAUUCAGAGAAGCCCAAAGAAAUUUUAGGAUGGGAGAGGCUCUAUGCAAUAGCAAUCGGGAUUGCUCGUGGCCUCGAAUACUUGCACCAUAGUUGUAAUACACGUAUCGUCCAUUUCGAUAUCAAGCCCCAAAAUAUCCUUCUAGACAAAGAUUUUAGCCCGAAGAUUGCUGAUUUUGGUCUAGCUAAAUUGUGUCAUACAAAGGAGAGCAAGCUUUCAAUGACUGGAGCUAGAGGAACAAUUGGAUUUAUCGCUCCAGAAGUUCACUAUCGAACCUUCGGGGUGGUUUCGACAAAGUCGGAUGUUUAUAGUUAUGGAAUGAUGCUGCUGGAGAUGGUUGGAGGUAGGAGAAACGUAAAAUCAAUUGUUGCAAAAUCCAGUGAAAAGUAUUUUCCAGAUUGGAUUUAUGACCACUUUGCGCAAGAUGAGGGAUUACAAGCAUGUGAAGUUACAAGAGAAAUUGAGGAGAUCGCGAGAAAGAUGAUCAUAAUAGGCUUGUGGUGCAUACAAGUGUUACCUAUCUAUCGACCUACUAUAACAAAAGUUCUAGAAAUGUUUGAGAGAAGGUUAGAUGAUCUGGACAUGCCGCCGAAGCAGAACUUCUAUGAACUACUUGAAAGCUCAGCUCAGAAUUUGGAUGUAAAAAGUUCAAGUUCUACCAAACCUGAAGAGAUCAGUCUUGUGAAUUAAAAAAUCCUGCAACAAUCGCCAACUCUUUGAGCAGAUAGGCCUUGUGAAUCAAAGAACCUACAUUCAUUGCCAACACUGUGAGAAGGUGGCCUGUACUACUGUACAUUCAGAAACUGAAUUCGGCAUUGUACUUGUAGUAGAAUAUACUAGAUGAAACCCCGUGCGUUGCUGCGGGACAUUUCGAAUUUGCCCUAAAGUCAACAUUGGGUCGUGAUUGCAAUAAAGUAGACAACAUGCUCCUAUAUUAGUGGAAGCAUGGGAGACAUAAGAACUCAAACAACAUAUGUAUGAAAUCUCACACAUGAAUUGUUUUCGUGUGGAAAUUUUUAUAUCCAACAAAUGACUCGGAGGGAAACACUAAUUAGGUCGUCGGUCUAACCCAUACCUCCAGAGAAACUACUCAAGGAUCAUUUGACUUACCUCAAGAUAACUCAACAGUUUCAUUUUGUAUGUUGGAUUGCACAUUGUGAAUACUUGUGAACUUUAUUUCCUACAACAUAAUAGUAAUUUUCUGCAAAACAAUGUUGACAGAACGAUGCAAGGAGUGAAUACCUUAUAUUGCAACUUAGGUUAUCCUCCAUAUCAAAAGUAAGAUUCAAUCUAAGAGAGGCUGGAAAGAAACAUAAUUGCUCAAGUGAAACAUCAUUGGAUAUUACUGGACACUCGAAAUAAAACUUACAACAUAAUUGAAGAUGAUCUCUCAAAACAAUUUAAAUAACGUAAGCCCGGGCAUCUCAGAUCUCAUGUGCAUUCAGUGCAACACUGCCACCAUAAUAAUUUCUCCCAUUUAAAAUGUUGAUCUUUCCAAAUGGUGAUGCUUUGUUGCACAAAGUGAUAAAAAAAAAAGUUCAGCUAGGGGUGAAAAUUCCA